AUCAUAUAACACACUUUACGUAAGUGAACAAUGAUCCUAUUCAAUAGCAAUUAGCGAGAACAAUACAUUUCUGUUUCCACUAACAUUUCUACGAAUCACUGCAACGUGCAACAUGCGUGUGUUAGUCAUACCAACCCUCUCGGUAAUAAUACCAAAAGUAAUAACUUUUAACUUCCAGGAGAGUUCUAUUAUUAACAGAACAUUAUUUAGCAGCGAAAUGUUCUUAUCUGAUCUUCUAUCCAUGACUUUACCUCCGGAACCGCCAGAUCUGUCAUCACUAGAGAAACUUUUAACACAAUAUACCACAACCACGAAGAAGACAAAUAUCCAGAAGAGUAAGCCCAAAAAACAAGCGAAGCCGAAACCUCCAGCAAGAAAGGACUUUAAAAGUUCGAAGAACACAAUACCAACAUGGCGCAUUCUGCUAUUUUUAUUGAUGAGAGUUCAUCUAGUCAACCUACAGAUUUAUACGUUCCCUAUGCCUCAGCCCCAAAUAUUUAUACCACCACCUCCACUCAUAGCGAUUCCAAUACCAGCCGCCAUAAGUCUCCCACAAACAACAACGACAUCUACUACCACUACCUCUAUCACUGAGGAAAACGUGGCCAUAGGAGUACCCAUUCCCAUGCCUAUACCCAUUCAAAUUGCUGUACCCGCAAUGCCACCUCCAUUGUUUUGCCAGGGAAAACUAAGGUCGAAGAAUUGUCCCCCCUGCCCACCGUGUGUAUGCACGCCACUGUGUACUCCAUCCUUCUUCUCCUAUUGUUCACCAUGCCAUCAGAAAUGUAGAUGUAAAAGAGGGAAGAUGUUCCCCAACCUUUGCCACUCAACCCUCCUCAGCCAUUCUUAG